GUCACCGCCGGCAGAUCAAAAAAUAACAAGAACGUUAAGAGUUUGGUUUGAAGGAGUUCUUUUCGAAAGGUGUUAACUAGAUGUUGAUUUUCACUCUGUAUUUACAAGGUGUCGUUAAAGGCGGGCCGACAGCUGAGUCUUCAUGAGGCAGCUCGUGCUGGAGGCAGAACUGGAAUAAACCUGUUUUACCCGGCAGAGGCUCCAGUCAUGCUGCGCGUGCACGAGGCUUCACAGACUCACUGCAGUGAUCCUUCUCACAGGACUGUUGAUGUUUCACAUUGUUGUGCAUGAAGUGUGUUAUCAGUAACUAAACUAUCUAUGAAAUACCUGUAUUUCCACAGAACACAGGCUUAAGUGAUGUCGCGGUUAAAUAACACUAUCUGCUGUGGCAUGUUGACUCCCCAGAUAGUCUCCAGCAGGAUAUGAAGAGUUAAUAACUCCGUUUUUAUUAAGUUUCAUAAAUCAUAUAUAUUUUUAUUGUGUUAGUUAGCUGUAUUUUUUUUUAGUUAUUAUUAUUUCAUCAAAACAACCCAACUGCAGUUUGAUUGAUAAUAAUUUUAAUGCAGGAUAAAAUGUAAAUAAAACCCAUAUGAUUUAUCUGUUGUUAUAAACGAGCUCUUGGUGUGUUUGUGCUGUGUAAACAGACAUGUGAGAUUUGAACUCAGUUCCCAGCGCGCUCCCGACUCGCUGUACUGCUGUCGCGCGCGCGACUGAAGACCGGCUCCAGCCGGUAUAAAAUCUGUCAAGCUUCAGUAAGAGGAAACAGAGACAGAGAGCUGGCACAUAGUACUUGAUCUAGUUAUCAUUUUAGUGUUUAAAAAUUGUUAAUGAAGUCCAACAUAAGCCUGAAACGAUAUAUUCGAGCCGGGUCAUCUUCACUCGGUUGUCUUUCUCCUCAGAAGUGACUGAUGCUCAGAGCGAUGUUCUCCAGUUAACACUUCAACAGAGAAGCUGCUAGCUCUCUUGCUUUUUCUUUUCUUUUAAUACCCAGAGUUUUCCUGUUUCUUCAACGUUUCGAAACGCCAGUGUGCAUCAUGACAGGAAUAAUGUCUGCCCUGAAGGGCUGCAUGAGCCCCAAUGUGUACGAUGAGGUGCCAGACGGAGGCUGGGGUUGGCUGGUGGCUGCUGCCUUCUUCUUCGUGGAGGUUUUCUCCUAUGGCAUCAUCAAGAUUUUUGGGAUCUUCCUCCAGGACCUCAUGACAGACUUUAAUGAAACCAACAGCAGAGUGUCUUGGGUCGUCUCCAUCUGUGUCUUUGUCAUGGCCUUCUCAGCCCCUCUUUCCACAGUGAUGAGUAACCGCUUUGGCUAUCGGCCGGUCGUCAUGCUCGGAGGACUCCUGAUCAGCCUGGGUACAAUUACAACAGCCUUUACCAACUCCAUCAUUGAGAUGUACAUUACCAUGGGAAUAGUUGCAGGCCUGGGUUACUGCCUUACCUUCCUGCCAACAGUUACCAUCUUGUCGCAGUACUUCAGCAAGCGCCGUUCCCUCGUCACAUCCAUAGCCUCCACAGGAGAAUGCUUCUCCCUGCUAGCGCUUGCACCAGCUAUGAAUGUGCUGAAGGAGCAGAUCGGCUGGCGUAACUGCUUGAUCAUGAUUGGAGUUAUGCAGGCCUCAAUUAUUUUCUGUGGGGCUUUACUAAAGCCAAUAGUCAUUAAACACAAACCCGCCGCCCCAGAGGGUUCCACAUCCCCCCUUAAAGAACCUGAAUCCAAAUAUGAGCUGGAGAAUGAAUUCACACGUACCUCUUUCGGCUCUGUGGACUCAGGGGUCCAGUCCGUCACCUCUUCCCAGAUCAACCUGUCUGAGGGCCAGGAAUCUACGGAACAGGAGAAAAAACCACUUAAGGAAAAGGAGGAAGAAGAAAACGAGCCACCAGUGCUGCCUGAGACCCCACUCAAAAAGGAACGAGAAGACUCAAGCAUCUCCAGGCCCAAGUUGUUGGACUUCUCCGUGCUCAGAGAUGCCAGCUUCAACUGCUAUGCACUGUUUGGCCUGUUCGCCACCCUGGGCUUCUUCGCUCCUCAGCUCUACAUCAUUCAGCUGAGCGUGAGCCGAGGAGUAUCACGUGACAGCGCCACCUACAUGCUCUCGGCCAUGGCCGUAGCUGAGAUUCUAGGUCGUCUGUCCAUGGGUUGGAUGCUCAAUCGCAGGCCCAUCCACAAAAUCUACAUUCUGCUGAUUUGCACGGUGCUGCUGUGUCCGGUGCUGGUCGUCUUCACCUUUGUCACUGAGUUCUGGGGGCUCAUGUCCUGCUCCUGUUUCUAUGGCUUCCUGCUGGGCGCUGUGGCCUCCAGUCACAUCCCAAUGUUGGCUGAAGAUGACGUGAUCGGCAUUCAGAGAAUGUCAUCGGCUGUUGGAGUCUAUGUCUGUAUCCAGAGCUUUGCAGGACUGGCCGGUCCACCUUUAGGAGGUUUUCUGGUAGACCGGACUGACAAUUACGGAUCAGCCUUUUACUCCUGCGCAGCUGGGAUGGGAGUCGGGGCUCUGUUUCUUGGACUGGUGCGUCCAGCCAAAACCGGCCUUUGCCUUGGGAGGAGAAGAAAUGACCAGCAAACAACAGACAAAGACUCCAGCUCACAGGGUAGUGAUGAAGGCCCUGCUGACUUUGUAGAAAUGGACAUGGAUAUCGACAACAGUCCAGCAAAGAGCAAACCUUGGCCAGUAUGAAUACCGCCUCACCUCAAGAGUAAACAUAGUUAUCCUCCACUUGAAUGAUCAUCCCAAAGGCUGCCAUACACAAACCCAGUGCAAACAGGGUAAAAAACUAACUUUACGUAAAUUAAAGAAGAGUUUAAUCACUCUUCAUUGCACUUUUUUGCUGACCACCCAAUCAUAAUCCCAAAAACACGUUUACAUUCCUUGUGUCAUUAUUUAUUGAAAAGAAACAAAAGUUUUGAGGUUCCUUUCCUGUCACAUUGUGUACCGCGUACUAGUCUCUACAGAUAAAAACGCUUUUAGAGAGGACAAGAAUUAAACCCAUUAAGCAUUCAAUUCUAUUCCUCUCGUUUACCAAAGUUUUAGUGUGAACAUGCAACUUCACUCUUUAUUUCAUUAUUAUAUUGUCCACAAACCAUCAUACCACUUUUACUUUUGGCUUUAACAUCUAAAAAAAAAGAAACCUCUGGCUGUUUUGCUGCUUAAAGUGAGGCCAUGAUGCAUAUGUAUAUUACAUUAGGUUGCAUAAGCCUCAUUCAGAGUUGAAGGUGAGACGGGUAGAGCUGUCUAGUGUUUCAGGGUUAUAUAUCAUUCGCUUGCCUAUAGAUAACGGGUCCGUGUUCAACGGUUUAAUAUUUAACUAGUAUUGCUAUUGCAAAUGGAAACGAAGAUGGCAACAUCUCAGCUUAGAUGUUAAUGUAGCUCUGAUGAUAAAGCAGGAUUUGGAUCACUCGGUAUUCCAUUAAGACUGAGUCAGGACUGAAUGAAGGAUUAGUUAUGCUGACCCAACAUCUAAGGCUUCAGUCGUCUCAAUUCCUGCUCAGAGAUGUAGGCUGUCUAGAAACACCUUCAAGAGUUUAUAUAGAAUGUUGUUAUCGCUGUAAGUUGAAGUGCGCCGUCUGUGCCUUGUCAAAGAAUUCUGCGGAAUUAAGUAGAGUGUUUGACUUGAAACAAGGAAGCUUAAAAGGGGCCGUUCACACAGAAAGCGUUUUUUCAUUUUAAAACAAGACAUGCAUUUCGAACAACUGUAUGCGAGUUUUUUUUUUAAAACCUUUAAAUAUCAGUUUCAAAAUCAUUCUGAUGGUACACUGAUUUCUAGUAAGGCGAAUAUCUUCUGUGUCUGUUCUGAGUGUCUGUAUGUUUGGUGCGCAGGUACGAGAUUCUGCGAAGAGGGUGCAUUGUUUUACGGCAGCAACAAAUGCACGUGUACAGCUAUACACUGGUAUUACUACAGUGAUAUGUGCACAAUAGUAAAUUCCUCUCAACUAUUGGGGGUUCCAAAGUCGCAAUAAAAUAAAACUACAUACAGUUGCUUUAUUUUUAUUUUUUAAGUAAUGCACAUCAAUGAUCAAGAGGUAAAGUAACGCAAUGGAAUGGUGUUCGGUGAGAAUCGGCCCUGAAAACAAUACACUGAAUGAGCAUCUUGACUGUAGUAUUUUUUUUUGUGUAAUUCACUACAUGGAUUACAGAAGAAUGGGUAAUUUAAUGGAGAGAAAUGACAGUAUAUGAGCACUAGAGUCAGUUUAAAAUGAAAAAAGAACGAAAUGUAUUCUAGCACCAUGUACUGCAUAUGAGAAGAGUCUGUAGGUAAAACCCAUUAAAGCACUUACCUAAUGACUUGAAAUCUUAUGUACCUCUUAUGUGUGUAAACUCUUUUAAUUUGUCAUACGUGCAUUUAAAUACCGUUUGCUUAGGUUUUGUAUUUUUGAUGAGAAGACAUUUUGCGCGUCCUUCUUUAAUUUGUAUUUUUUUUAAUGUAAUGCAGACUUUUGAAAGUGAGAUCCUGCACUUCUUAUUCUGAAUAUUGCAAUGACAGUACGUUCAAUGUAGAAUAAAAGCAAUGAUUUUUGUAACUGAGUCCUGUCAUCCUUGAUCAUUAUUUGAUACUACACAGGUUCAUCCUCAUUGGGGAACACCACAUAAGCCUACAAUAUGAAGAAAUCACAUGACCAUUUACAAAAAGCUGAGUCAUGUUGCUGUGCUGCAGCAGUCGCCCUCUGCAGAAGAUAAGCACAGCUCAUGCAGUAACCGUAACCUCACCCUGUGGAGACAGCAGUCUGGUAUCUUAGGAGAGUAAAGUUCCCUGGAAUGCCUUGCCCCAUAGACUACAAACACUGAAAAUCCAUUGUGCACAUUAUUUUUUUAGAUACAUUUUAGAUUUAAUAUAAAUCAAGCAUAAUUUAUAAAACUCUUUAAGAACAGUACUUUUUCAUGCUUUGCCAUCUAUAUUUAUAAUUGAGCAUAUACUUAUAGCAUACUUGUGCAUAUAGUGUACAUGUCAAACAUCACCCCCUUUUUUUUAACACCCAUGAAUAUAAAAUGAAUAAUGCAUCCUUUUAAAAAGACCUUAAUCUUUAAUGUUAAAACCUUGGAUAAAUUUGGUGUAACACUACAGCCUAGUGUUCCCAAAAUGGAAUUGCACUUUUACUGAUUUGUUUUAAAGAAAUAUUUGCUGAAAUUAAAGCAAGUUGCAGAAUUGCUCAGUUAUUCCUAGUCAAAACAACAACAACAAAAUGACUGUUUUUGCAAAAUGAUUUUAUUGGGUCAAUGAUGAAGAAUGAGGAAGCAUAGGUUAGACUGUACAAUGAAAGCAGGUCUAUAUUCUGUACUGAGCACAAAACUUGUGAAAUCUUUAGUAUGAAUUAUUUUGAUAUGAGGACUCAAAGCAUCCACAUUAAUCAAAUUUUAAAAAACCUAAGUACAAAAAAAAAAGGACCAGAAAUGUCUGGAGGCACUAGGAAUUCUUUGUGGCAGGCAUAAUUCUUGCAUAAUUAUUAAUAAUCAAACUUGAUUAUCUGGGCAAAACCAAAAACAGCAAAUCAGCCAUCUCUGAUCAGAAUCACGUUUCAGAAAAGGCUACAGUGAGAAAGACUCCUUUCUUUAUACACCAUCCUAAACAAUUCUUGCAGUAAGAGUGGAAAAAACGAACGUGAAUGGCUAAUGAAAGCCAACAGAACUGCAACAAAAAUCACGCCUCAGCAGUGUACAGAGGAGAAAUACAGCUAAAGUAGUGUAUCUAUCUGCAGCAUUGCCCUUCCUUUAAACAUGUCAACCGUUGGGAGCACUCUGACGGGGGUGAUGGUCAUACUGACACAUCUGGCACGGCUACACCAGACAGCGCCAUCAUUUGCACAAGCACUUGGGCUUGCCCUCAAGGCUCCCAGAUGCAGGAAGUCUUGGACUCGUCAGCAUCCUCAGCUAUUCCUCUGGGUUUUGGCAAGUACACAACACUUGCUUCAUUAAGGUCUUUAAGCUCAAAAGGCAGAUAAUACAACGUUUUAAGACUCGGCAUGCUAGAAAUAGGCAGCAAAUACUAGAGGUUGAUACUCAGUAUUUCAGCAUCAACAAAGGACACUGAAAUUCACUUUAAUCAGUCAACAUCUUGUGCUUGGAACGGUUUGAGUUUGUAAAGUUAAAUACUUAGAAGGAUACUACGGCUUUACUACCAUCGGACACUAAGACGACAACAAAAGCUCUGCAAUGCCCGGUUUCCUGGCAUUGGGGGGCAGUGAAUGGCACUAGAAAACACAGGACACUGUCAGUGGAGAGUGAAGACGUAAUACUUGCUUUUCACGAGCCUCCCGGGACUUCAGCCAGGGGUGUAAGGCAGAAUUCGACAGCAGACAAAGAGUCCUCUACCGCCAGGCCGAGCUGCAGCCAUCUGAAUGCAUAGACGACAUAUACAGGCACCAUUCAGCUGAGACGCACCAGCCAAAAGAGCUACAAGAGCAACCCUGAAUGGGGCGAACUGCGGGCGGGGAGUCAGUAUCUGUGGAUUUCUGGGUGCACAGUGGCAAAAAGAAGUUAUACAUUUCAGUGUAGGUUACAUAUCCGUUAGAAAAGAGUGGGUGAGGAGGGUGAGGUACAGACUAUUUACAUAAAAUACUUACUACAACAGUAGUAUUCAGGGCGGACAUGGCACUAUACAAAGUAGCUAUACACAACUGUUGAGGGAACAAGGUUCACAAAGUAAGAUCUAUCCCUUUUGAGGAAAUUUGUUCGAAUUAUUGGUACCUUAAACACGUGGCACUUGUGAAUACAGACGCUUUUUGUUAGCGGGUUCUGACUGAGAAGCCAGUUUAGUUUGGUUGUGAACCAAAAAAAAAAAAAAAACAA